AUGGAAAUAGAAAUAGAAGAAACAACACAAGAAGAAAUAGGAUUAUUCAUUAAUUCACAUCCUAUUAAUAAUCCACUUCUUUUUUAUUUGAAUUCUUCUUCUACGGUUAUUCCUCAAAUAGAAUAUAAUCGAUGGCUUCAAUUAAUAUAUCAAAUAUUAAUUUCAAUUGAUGAAUCAUAUUCUUUGUUAUUUGUUUUACUUAUUCCUCGUGUUAAUUUACUUCCUCGUUAUAAUAAUGUUGGUGUAGGUGGAACAUUUGAUCGUCUUCAUUGUGGUCAUUACACUCUCAUCCAAACUGCUGUGUUCACUUCAUCAUCACAUCUUGCUAUUGCAAUCACUGGUGAUUCAUUACUUCAUUCAAAACAAAAUUAUGAUCUGAUUCAUUCAUUCACCACACGUAAAAAUCAAAUCAUUCAUUUACUUCAUACAAUCAACAAAUAUUAUCCUAUUCCUUCAUACACAAUAUCACAAAUUAAUCAACCUGAAGGAACAUCAACUACUGAUCCUACUCUUGAAUGUUUAAUUGUUAGUGAUGAAACACAAAAAUCACUUCCUAUCAUCAACAAUCAACGAAUUCUCAAUGGAUAUCUUCCUUUACAUUCAAUCACAAUUAAUCUUAUUCUCACUACUGAUGGUUCUAAAUUCUCUUCUUCUACUCUUCGUUCUAGAGAACGUUUACAAAAUGAUUCAACCAAGAAUUAA